AUGAGGCCGGGGGAGCUCGGGCCGAGGCUGGCGCCGACCGGCUCCUCGUCGAGGGAGGGGCAGCGGCGUUGGGUGCCGGCGGGCACGGGCUGGGGUGGGGAGGUGCGCAGGCCGAGGCGGGGGAGGGGCACAGGCCGGGGCGGGGGAGCUCGGCCAAGGCGAGAUCCGGCCGCCGGCCGACCGUGGAGGAAGGGACGGCCGCGGCCGCGGGAAGAGACGGUGGGAGGGGCGCGGACAAGGGCGGCGGCGCAGGCCGGCACGAGGAGCUCGGGCGGGGGAGACCCGUGGGCGGCGGCGGUGGGCACCGACAGCUUGUGGGCGGCGGCGGUGGGCGGCUGCGGCGGUGGGCGCAGAGGUGGGCGGCUGUGGCGGCGGGCGCGGCUGGGGCUCGGGGGAGAAGAGUUGAGUCCCGCAGGCAGACGACCUGCUCCUCCAGAUCGAGUGACCGACCGUAUCGAUUCCACUGUCCCACCCUCGCUGCUCUUUACCAACCACUCCCACCACCCCACCCACCGUUGUCCGUUACAUAUCCCACUGGCCACCCCACCUCGCCCGCCUCCACCACCACCACCACCACCCAUCGCCAUGGCCACCACCACGCUCUUCCUCCUCCUCUGCGCCGCCGCGGCACUCGCAUCAGCGGCAGCCGCCGCCGACGACACCGGGUUCACGACCUUCAAGCUCUACUUCCACGACAUCGUGGCGGGGACGUCGUCCCCAACCGCGGUGCGGAUCGCGCAGGCGGCGUCGUCCAACACCUCCUCCACCUCCUUCGGCGCCGUGGUGGCCAUCGACGACCCUCUCACCACGGGGCCCACGCGGUCGUCCGGCACCGAGAUCGGCCGCGCCCAGGGCACCUACACGUUCGCGGACCAGACCACGUUCGGCCUCCUCAUGGUGAUGAACUUCGUGUUCACCGCCGGCGACCACAACGGCAGCACGCUCUCCAUCCUCGGCCGGAACGAGGUGCUCACCGACGUCCGCGAGAUGAGCAUCGUCGGCGGCAGCGGAAAGUUCCGCAUGGCCAAGGGCUAUGUCCAGGCGCACACCAUUGAUUCCGGCGCCACCACCGGGGAGACCGUCGUCCAGUACACCGUCAACGUCAAGACGCCCUAGCUAGCUUAGUUGGUUUCUUGCUCCGGCCGGCCGGGGGCCUGCUGGUGCUGCCAUGGCUUGUUGUAUUGUGUGCGUCUCCGGCAGCUUUGUACACACCUGCUUUUGCCGUUCUUCGGUGUUAGUACAUGACAUGACAUGUGGUAGAUUGAGAUUUCAGAUCGACUCGAUCUUCAUCACUAUUGAGCGGGAUUUAUUUGGAUUUGCAGAACU